CGAAUGAGUCAUGUUAUAACCAAAUAUUCAUAGUAUAAAACAUAUUCACACAGGUUAUUUAAUAGAUAAUAAUGUAUUUAACAAAUGUAUUGUUUAAGAGAGUAAAGAGCAAACUACUCUUAGUUUUAACAGAAAGUGUAGUAAGUGGGCAUACAAGACAUAUGAUUAGAGAAAGACUAGCUGAUAAAAUAGAAGUUAUUAAAUUUGAUCCGUAUAUUCAAAAAAUGACAAUUUACAAAGAGAUUAAAAAAGUACACGGUAUUAAGUAAUAAAACCAAAUGUAGAAUAUUGAUUUAAUUAAUAAUAAUGAUAUAAUAAUAGUAAUAAUAAAUAUCAAAUGUAAAAUAUCUUUUAUGUACUUUAUAAAAUUAAUUAUUCUAUGGUAAUAAAUUCUUGUAUGACAUGUGAACACAAA